ACCGCUCGUCCCAGGUGGGGGUCAAAGUUUGUUCAUUUGAGUGGUUGAGCUUUGUGGCGGAUUUGUUCCUCAGCAGGGAACAGAAUACAGGAGCCCUGAUCUACCGCAGUGAAGUUUUUUCCCUUUCCACGUUGGAUUCCAGUAGAUUUGCGUUGCCGCUAUCGCUAUGCUAACAACAGCUGUGUGCACUUUGAGUGGAAGGAACAAGCUCACAGAAUGAGGGGGAAGAUGAUGUUCCUGGGAAGGGAGCGAGUCAAACAGGUGGACGGAGAAGAGUGGGGAGGGCAAUUUAUUUGAAGAAGGGAUAAGCCGGUGGGGGGGGGGGGGGUGUUAGCCUAGCUCAGCACCCUCGUGCUGAAUAUCGGGGGAUGUCUGUGGUUAGAAGUGACCCAGUGGGAUGGCUCGUGGAUCAUCAGUCUUACAUCAACCAGUGGUAUAGAUGCUGCCAUCACUCUCCGCCUGACGCACGUUGCCACAGGUACGUUUUCAGGGCAGAAUAUUUUGAUGUGGAGAAACCCCACAUUGCUGAACCAGGGACUCCGAGCCAAGGGUCUACGGCUAGUGACAGAGGUCUGAAAGGUAGGAAGCGCAAGAGGAAGGAGCGGGAACUGAACCAGGGAGAGGUGGAGGCUCUGGAGUACCACAAAAAGGUCAGCCUGGCAAUUCAGGAUGGCGCCAGAAAGCUGGUGGAGCAUAUGGAAGCCCAAGAGACUGGGAGGGAGGGUGGCAGCGGGCAAGAGAUGGCUGUGGUCCUUGCCGAUUCUAUGCUAAUAGAGCUCUGCUCCAUGGCAAAGCAUCUAUCGGAGGAAGCCCAACAGCAAGUACAGGUGAUCACCGACGAGUCAGAAGCUGUUCUGGAGCUCCUGGGCCGUCUGACAGAGAACAGCACAGGCCGUGCCCGGCUGGUGAGACUGAUGGGUCACCAUUAUCUGCUGCCACCACGAUGCUCCUUCCUGCUGUCAGACAUCUCCCGCGUGCAGCUGCUCCUGGGCUACAAGAAGUACGACGUAAUCACUUUGGACCCGCCCUGGGAGAACAAGUCUGUGAAGAGGAGCAAAGGCUACAGCCACCUCUUUCCCUGGCAGAUCCGCCAGCUCCCUGUGCCGCUCCUCUCUGCCCCCGGCUGCCUGGUGGUGUGCUGGGUCACCAAUCGGCAGAAGCACCUACACUUCGUCAAGGAGGAGCUGUUCCCCAGCUGGUCGGUACACGUGGUCGCCGAGUGGCACUGGGUGAAGGUGACCCGACAUGGGGACUUUGUGGUGCCCUUGGACUCCAUUCACAAGAAGCCCUAUGAGAUCCUGGUCUUGGGCCGUUACAUGGGCAGUUCAGCACAGCAAGGUGGAGAAGAUGUCAUCACUGGGAACGUCACGGUGCCAGACCGCAAGCUUAUUGUCAGCGUGCCCUGUCGGCUUCACUCUCACAAACCCCCACUGGGAGAGGUGCUGAAAGGACUGACCAGACCUCACCCAGAGUGCCUAGAACUGUUUGCUCGUAACCUGCAGCCUGGGUGGACCAGCUGGGGCAACGAGGUGUUGCGAUUCCAGCACCUCAGCUAUUUCCAGCAGCUUGGCCCAGAGCAAGGAGAGCAAAGCUGUUGCGAUUCACAGACACACCAACCAUUUGACCCAUCACUCCCUCAGCAACCAUUCGUGGAGCAAUAAAUGUCUUGGUACUAGACACUUUGGGGGAAAGGCCCUUUGAACAUUCACAGCUCGUGGGUCAUGAUUAUAAGUGUAAUAAAAUAGAUGCUUUUAAAAA